AUGACUGCGAUCCUGGCGCAUACAAAUUCAACCUCAGCUCUGCCCGUGGCCGACUCGAUAUUAUUACCAAAAAUCACCAUCAGACAAGACUCUUCACCACGAUCGCCUAGUCAGACUGCGCCGGCGCCGGCGCCCAACAACGCUCGUUUCGUGAGACAUGGAGGAACACACGGCAAGCGACAACAAGAUCUGCCGUCAGAAGAAGUCGAAGGAGACCCGACUUCGAACUCUAUCAUACUAAUGCCGACACAAGGCACUCGGUCUCAGCCGAUGUACAAGAGAGGAAACAGGCACCCUCCCAUGGCGAGAUUUUACCCCUUUGACAGGGGCAAUGAGACCAGUUUCCCGAACUCGCAGACAUCGCCUCUCAAUAAUGGUUCGAGCGGCACGCAGCCUUCCACCGGAGUCACUAGCCCUGCCGUCGCCCUGUCAAACGGAACAUCCACCAGCCCCAACAACGUCACCGAUACAUAUACGUCCGCUCCCAAUCCGCGCACAGACACGACGAUAGUGACGGUGGCACGGAUCCAGACGCUGCCCCCAACCACGGCGUUAUCCACAAAUGCACCACCACCUCUGCCCGAACCUCAACCGAACCUGGUCACGCAGUCACAGUUUUCUGGAACAACCGCAACGCUCACAACGAGCCAGAGGACAAGGAAUCCAAACUGCCCGUCCCGAUCGGGAAUACCCCCGGUCCCGGAUCCCGACACGACCUCUAGCCCGAUCUUCCCAGUCAUCGUGACAGUCUUCCCUGUUUCGACGGGCCCUUCGACUAUAAUAUGA